AUGGUCUCAGGUCUGUCACAUUUCCUUCUGGUUCUGUCUGCUCUGGCUGUGGCUCAGGCCCAGCUCAAGGUGUUUAACUUGCGUGCCAGUGGUCUACCCUCUGACAUUCUGGGGAUCACUGAUGGCUAUGUCAAGGUGUUUUGCAGCUCCGAGUAUCUGGGCAAAACAGAGGUCCGUGAUGACAAUGCCAACCCCUGGUGGGAGGAAGAGUUCUCCCACUUUAAGGCCCAGGAGGGUGACGUUUUGAGGCUUGAGGUUUAUGACCGUGAUUUAGUCUUCCACGACCUGUUAGGAGUGUGUCAGAGACAGAUCCGACCUGGAACCCAUGAGCACGACUGCUACCUGAAGAAAGGUGGCACCCUCCAUUAUGUCUAUAACCUCAACCAAAGCAACCAAUAA